UGUCGUGGGUCCUUCGGACUUCCGGGUGUGUGUAAACAGGCUGCUGACUGAAUCGCCUCUUAAACAAAAAUGUCUAAAGUCACGUUUAAAAUCACCCUGACGUCGGAUCCUCGGCUGCCGUACAAAGUACUGAGUGUUCCAGACAGCACGCCAUUCACUGCAGUUUUGAAGUUUGCAGCUGAGGAGUUCAAAGUGCCAUCAGCAACCAGUGCAAUAAUAACAAAUGACGGAAUAGGAAUCAACCCUGCCCAGACAGCAGGAAAUGUGUUUCUAAAACACGGCUCGGAGCUUCGCAUCAUUCCCAGAGACAGAGUGGGAGGACAAGUAGACUGAUGCUGCGUUUCCUCGUUGACGGCGUAAUGACUCAUCCGGCAGAAUCAUCUAACACUUGACACCCGGGAAACUCCUCAGCGUGUGUCGUAAUUAUUUCUCUGGCCCACAACUGACAGUGACUCACAUGAGAAUAUAUAUAUAUAUUUAAACUUGACGAUGACUUACACUCACA